UUCGUUAAGUGCCCUAUUUCCCUGAAUUAUCUUAAAAGGCUAUAAAUUACCAACCACGAGAAAAUUUUGAAACACUUGUAGUUACUGAAAAACCUUUGAACAAUGAGAUACAGCAUAUUGUUCUUUUUGGUGAUGUCUUCACUCUCUUUCUGCAUGGCUGACCCAAAAGCAGAUUGGCAAAAAAAAAGGCAAAAAGUCCAAGAUACAUGUCAGAAAAACUCUAAAAUUGAUCCAAAAAUCGUAGAAGACAUCAAAACCAAUGGCCAAUUUCACGACCCAGACAAAAAAGUCAAGGAUUUCUUUUACUGUUUGGAAGUUUAUCACGAAUUCAUCGACCUGCAGGGAAAUUUACAAUUGGAGACGGUAAAGAAACACCUAAAGGCGGUUGGUGUGUCUGAUGAGAAGAUAAACGAAGUAACCAAGAGAUGUGCGAUCAAAGACAAAGUUAAGGAUACUUCGUUAAUGGCCGUUGCUUAUUUUCAGUGCUAUGCUAGGCACUUACCUAGAGAUGUAUUAGUUAUUUGAAUUGGAUAAAUAUAUGCCAAAGUUCAUUU